GGUCGCGUGACAAAGCAGAUACCAACUUGUGAUUGGCCAAUCCGAGUGGCAUGAUCUCUUCAGUCAGACUUCAUCUGUUGAGAAGAGCUAGAGGAUUAGUUAUGGCGUCCUCUGCCCGCAUAGAUCCAACGCAGGAGACAUAUCUGAAGGAGGAGUGCAUUCUAGUUGACGAUGACGACCGUCCCAUCGGAUCUGCCAGCAAACGUCGCUGUCAUCUCCUUACGAAUAUACAAAACGAACGAGGAGGAAUGCUACAUCGUGCUUUUAGCGUGUUUCUGUUCAAUCGCCGAUCAGAAUUGCUCUUGCAGAAGCGUAGCGACGUAAAAGUGACUUUUCCUGGCUUCUGGACCAACACGUGUUGCAGUCAUCCGUUGCAUGUUGAGCCUGAGAUGGUUGAGAGUGAGCAGCUUGGAGUAAGGAAGGCUGCACAAAGGAAGCUGAAACACGAACUAGGAAUUUCAGAAGAGCAGGUUCCAUUGGACUCGAUUGAGUAUUUAACGAGAAUACACUACAAGGCUCCUUCAGAUGACCAAUGGGGUGAACAUGAAAUUGAUUACAUUCUCUUCGUUCAACAAGAGGUUGACAUCCAUGCCGACCCGAAUGAAGUAUCAGACUACAAAUAUGUGUCCGUUGAUCAGCUAAAGGAGAUGAUCAGUACAGCAGAGUCAAAAGGCGUACGAAUAACUCCCUGGUUUAAACUUAUUUCAGACUCGUUCUUAUACAAAUGGUGGGAAAACUUGGCAUCAUUGCAGUCACAGAAAAAUCACCAAACUAUACACAGGAUGCUGUAGGAUGCUGUAGCUUGUUGGGUAGUCAACUAUAUUGAUAUAAAUAUGCAGUUGGCAACCUGGUGCAAUUGAACAGUGUUGUAUACAACUACCAGUAGAUAUACUAAGCAAUAAGAAAAAUAAAGUCUAACAGCAAAUUGAUCA